AUGAGGCCAAAUAUGACUCGUCUAACCAAGAUCACUAUCGUGAUCAUGUCACUGGUUUCUGGGUCAGCCAUGGGUGAUCUACCUUCCUGCGAAACCAUCCUCGAACCGUUGAACCCUUGCGCCAAGCAACAAAAUAAUGACGUGAAGCCACCACAGACUUGCUGUGACGCUAUACAGAGCCUCAGCCGGUAUUCAAACGACAAGGAAGAUCGACACGAAAUAUGCGACUGUAUCAAGGCUGUAGCAAUUUUGGCGGGGCUGCCUAUUAAUGAUUUUUCUUGCAUUUCUUUUCUUCCUCAAGCCUGUGGCCUAUCCGUGAAACUUCCACCCAUCUCUACCGACAUCGAUUGUUCCCAGGAAGACUUGGUGCAUGGAGUGUACGUGAUGACGGAGUUUGAUAUUGUCAUUGGAUUUGCCGGCCAUCACCGAAAAACUUUUGGAGAGCUAGAACUUUAUUUCACCAUGCCUGCCUUAAUAGAAUAUUUCUUGAUCUCCUUCAUGCUCUUCUUCUUCUUCAUUCCUCACCUAGCCGCAGCAAGCUCCGCCACCACCUGUGGUGAAUCGACAUGCACUUCCACUAGCCCUCAGAUUCGAUUCCCUUUCUGGCUAAAAAACCUCCAACCCUCAACCUGCGGGUAUGAAGGGUUUGGUCUCACAUGCAACCCUGGACACCGAUGGCAAAGCAUUCUCAUCACUGUCCCAUCUUCCUCGAGGCACUUCGCCGUCCAAGAAAUCGACUACUUGAACCAAAACGUAUGGAUCUCCGACCCCAACAACUGCUUGCCAAGGCGGUUCAUGGACAAUGACUUCAGUUUUGAUGGUUCACCCUUCUCAUACGUGCAUGCCCUCGAAAGAUUCACGUUCCUCAAUUGCUCUUACCAAGCAGAAGUAUCGUAUUCGUAUCCACCCAUUUCUUGCCUUAGCAAUGAGCACUACAUGGUCAUUGGUGUGCCAUCGGAGUGGAUUAAUUCAUCAACGACGUGGUCUUCUUGCUCUGUGAUUUCCGAAGCUUUGGUUCCACUCUCAGAACCAUGGGAAUGGGACUAUCUUAAUGGUUUUGGGUUGGAAUGGUAUGUGCCCAAUUGCCGUUUUUGUGAAGCCGUACCUGGUAAAGUUUGUGGAUUCGACAACAAUACAAGUUCCAAGCUUGGGUGCAUUAAUUCAACUAACGGUCUCUCAAAAACUGUGAUGUACGGUAAGAUAUGCAUAGGAAUUACAGGACUAUUCUUUCUCGUCAUUGUGAUCAUGUUAAGGCUGAGGGCUUGCGGUCGGGUCAAUCGACCCAUAAUAGAAUUAUCAGCCAUACCUCAUCCACAACCUUCUGCUGUCAUAAUGGGGCUUGAUGAUCCAACCAUUGAUUCAUAUCCUAAGACUCAACUUGGAGAGAGCUUGGAAUUGCCCAAGCCUAAUGACAACACUUGCUCAAUAUGUUUGGGAAACUACCAGCCCCGGGAAACAUUGAGAACCAUACCAGAAUGCAACCAUUAUUUUCAUGCUAACUGUAUAGAUGAGUGGCUUAGAAGAAAUGUGACGUGCCCGAUUUGUCGAAAAUCAUCCGAGGGUAAUAAAGGGAUUGAGGCGUGA